GGGCACGUGACCCCCGCAUUCCUGCACGAAGGGUGCAGAGCGCCCUCCUGCCGCCCACUCUGCUGGGGUCGGCCAGGCUAAGCGGCAGUCGCUUUCACAAAGCGUUUCUUUAGAGGAGCCAGAUGAAGGCAAACACCCUGUUGGCCAGGGCACUGUAUGACAACCACCCCGACUGCUCCGACGAGCUGGCCUUCUCCAGGGGAGACAUCCUGACCGUCCUGGAGCAAAACGUGCCGGAAAGCGAGGGCUGGUGGAAGUGCGCGCUGCGUGGGAGACAAGGCCUGGCCCCGGCCAACCGCCUCCGGAUCGUGCCGCAGGCUGCUGCGGACGCAUCCUGUGCCCCGGUCCUGAGAAGCCCCGACACAGACCUCGCCAGCUCAGAGGAGAGCCACCAGGUGCCCACACUGCUUCACCCUCCACCCCCGGGCCCCGUGUACGAGCCGAUGAAGAGCUGGGUGGAAGGGCCGCUGCCAGCCAAAGCCCAAGCCAACGACUUGCCUUACCCACCUUCUAGUGCCAGGAUCAUCUGUGAAAAGACUUUGAGCUUCCCAAAACAGGCCCUGUUUGUGCUUCCCAGACCUGCGAGGGCCUCGUCGCCACCUCUGUCCUCCCAGGUAUGUGACGUGCCUGUCCAGAGCCGGGUACCCCCGACCCCAAAGCGAGAGAGGCAGCAGCUGUACGACGUACCCACCAGCUCCCCAAAGGCAGCGCUUCAGCCCUCGGCCAGCCAGACCAGCGGGCAGAGUGUCCCACUGACAGUACCGGUUGCCUUGGGACGAGGUGGCUACAACACCUUACCAGACCCUCAGAAGUCAGAAUGGGUUUACGACACUCCGCUGCUGCAGGGGAGGAGUGAUGCCAGGAACCCAUGUCUCACCAGCUUCACGGGAGAACCAGAAGCCGCCGGUGCCCCCAGUUCCAUCUCCACUGUCCCCAGUCCUCCGAGCAGCAGAGCCACGUCUCCCCCGCCACAGCCGUGCAACGAUGCGCAGAAGAGAAGGUGCCUUCCAGAAGAUUCUGACUACGCCUCUCCAGUACCCAGGAACACGCUCCCUGCCCAGGCAGGCAUCAGCUACAAGGUUCCUUCCAGCUUUCUGAUCCCCCGAGUGGAACAGCAGAACACCAAGCCCAACAUUUAUGACAUCCCUAAAGCCACGCCAGGCGUGUCCCACCCUGGGAACAAGCCAGGGAAAGCCAAGGAUGCUCCGGAGAAUUCCGCAGGCCACCAUCCCUCUUGGAUCUCCAGACAGACCACGUCCCUGUCUCCGGACCUCCAUCAGCUAUUUGUUUCCAACUCACACAGCAGAGCUAGUGUGAUGUCCUCAUGCUCCUCUGCGUCGACUGACUCCUCCACCAGCUCCUCCUCCUUGGAAGACUCCGCCAAGGAGCUCUCCCUGGACGCGAGCGGGGCCAAGGAGGCAGCAAUGGCCCUGCAGCACAAGGUGGCCAGCUCUGCCGCCAGUCUGCUGCUCUACGUGAGCAGGACAUGGAGGUUCCGAGACUCCCUGGAGGCCAACAUCGGUGCCAUCCGCCGGGCUGCGGACCACAUUGAGGAAUCGUUAAGAGAGUUUCUGGAUUUUGCUCAAGAAGUUGGUGUGAUUGCCUGCAGCCUCACCAAUAGUCACCUUCAGGCCAGAAUUCAACAUCAGUUAGAGAUCAUUUCCAACUCCUAUCAGAUCCUGCUGGACACAAAGGGAAACCUGGACAGCUGCCAUUGGUCCCUGGAAGUUCUAGUGACAGACGAAGUCCAAAACAGCCUGGAUGACCUAGAGAGGUUUGUGAUGGUGGCACGGAUGGUUCCGGAAGAUGUCAAGAGAUUUGCUUCUAUUGUCAUGGCCAAUGCAAGGCUCCUUUUUAAACAGAACUGUGAAAGAGAAGAGACUGAGCCAUUGAUCCCAAAGGAGGAGUGGAAGUGUGCAAAAAGCAGUCAGCUUCCCCUGAGAGAGACUGAACCACUGCAAAAAAGUUGUCCCGCUAGUAAACGAGGGGCACAGGACCGCUCCCCGGGCUUAGCAAAGAGCAGGAUGAAUGUCUGUGGUCAGAAGUUACCUAACUUAGAAGAGAAAGAGAACCCCAUCGUGGAACAAAAGUCGGAUGACAAAAAAGACUUGGGCCCAAUGAGCCCCAGCUCUCGCGUCCCCCCGCCGCGGGGCGAGCAGAACCCCGAGGGGAAAGUGCACCUGUCCGAGCACUGCCGGCUCUAUUUCGGGGCGCUCCUCAAAGCCCUGGGCGUCCUGACCGGCAGCCUCCGCAGCAGCCAGCCGCCCGAGGUCUUCAUCACCCAGAGCAAGCUGGUCAUCAUGGUGGGGCAGAAGCUGGUGGACACGCUGUGCAAGGAGACGCAGGAGAAGGACGAGCGCAACGAGAUCCUCCGCAGCAGCGGCCACCUGUGCGCACUGCUCAAGGACCUGGCCCUGGCCACCAAGCGCGCCGUGCUCCAGUACCCGAGCCCCGCGGCGCUGAGCCACCUCCGGGCGGCGCUGGACAAGCUGGAGCGUCACACGAGGCACUUCCGAGGGACGCUGGAGUGAAGCCGUCCUUACAGGGCCACUGCUGGCCA